GGCGGGUCUUCGAGAAUUUUUAGCUUCUGGAACCAAAACGUGGGCUUUCCUCGGAUGUCUUCGGCAUCUACAUCACCCGACAGAGACACGACAAGAACACCUGAUGCUUAUGCGCGUUCUUCCCUGUAUUCUUCUGUUUCCACGUCGCCGGACGGAGUUUUCAGAAAGUUUCUCGAAGGAUCGCCGCCGAAAUGGAACUACUUCAAUCGAAAUGUGCAGUCUGUGUUGCUGUCUUCGAAUUCUGCAUCACCCAGAAGAGAUUUUGUCAUCAACUCGGACGAAUCUUUUAGGAAUUCGAAUCCUUCUGUAGAGAAUCCAGAGUUUUGUAGAAGUGUACAAAGUGAAUUAGCUCCUCCUCCUCCUCGACGGCCACCGCCUCCUCCUCCGCCACAGCCGCCGUGUAGAGUGCCUGAGCCACCGCCUCUUGUCCCGCCAUCGCAGCCCUUUGUGGUCCAAAAGCCUGGGAAAAGGAUAUCUUUCUCUGAACUACCACCGAUUUCUUCUGAAACAACAGCGAAACCAAAGCCGAAGCUGAAACCUUUGCAUUGGGACAAAGUUCGAGCAAAUCCUUGUCAGAGAACUGCGUGGGAUCAUCUUGGUUCGAGCUCGUUCAAGUUGAACGAGGAGAUGAUAGAAUCCUUGUUUCUUGCGAACCCUUCGGGUUCAAACGCAAAACCGAGAAUCCUACGCGCUGAUGAUCCGAUGCUAAAUCGAGAAAACAGAGUUUUAGAUCCGAAAAAGGCUCAGAACAUCGCUAUUCUUCUUAGAGCGCUUAAUCUCACUACUAAGGAUGUCUGUCAGGCCCUUACAGAUGGUGAUUCUGAUGCACUCGGGAUUGAACUUCUUGAGAGUUUAUCAAGAAUGGCUCCGGAUCAAGAAGAGGAGCGGAAGUUAAAGGAGUACAAAGAUGGUUCAUUGAUCAGACUUGGCCCAGCCGAAAAAUUUCUCAAGGAAGUGCUCGAUGUGCCUCUCGGGUUCAGACGGGUUAAGGCAUUGCUCUACGUGGCAAAUUUUGUCUCCGAGAUCGAAUACCUGAAAAGGUCAUUCGAAGUUAUACGGGCUGCUUGUGAGGAACUACAGAACAGCAGAAUAUUCUCGAAAAUUCUCGAAGCUGUCCUAAAGACGGGAAACAAGAUGAAUGAUGGAACAAGCCGAGGUGAUGCUCGUGCCUUCAAACUCGACACACUACUCAAGCUCAUCGAUGUCAAGGGUAGAGAUGGAAGAACCACACUGUUGCAUUUCGUCCUGCAGGAGAUCAUAAAAUCGGAGGGCACCCGCCUUGCAGAAACAGGCAAAGAUUUAGAUCCUUCCAUAAAUGACGAAAAGGAUGAAGCUCGACGCUGGAAACUUGGAUUGCAAGUAGUCUGGAAUCUAAGUUCAGAGCUGACCCAUGUCAAGAAAUCUGCAGCCAUUGACCACUCUUCCCUGAAAACCGACAUCUCAAAGCUUUCUCAAGGAAUGAACGAUCUAAGCGAGGUUCUGCGGGUAAGUGAGGGUGGUAAUGGAUCGAAUGAAGGGCAGUGGCAGAAAUUCAGGGAGUCAAUGCGUCGGUUCUUGGAAACCGCAGUAGAGGAGAUUAGGAAGAUCGAGACAGAAGAAAGUUCUGCGCUUUCUGCAGUGAAGGAGAUAACAGAGUACUUCCAUGGAGAUUCGGCGAAGGAAGAAGCUCAACCGUUUAGAAUCUUCAUUGUCGUGAGAGACUUUCUUGCCAUACUAGGUCGAGUGUGCAAGGAGAUGGGGGAAACAAGAGAUCAGACAAUCCUCGGCUUCUCACAUUGAUUUCACUUGCAGUGAAGGCCCAAGUCUGUUGUUUUAGUAAGAGAUUGAUUUGAUCAGAGAUUAUGUAUCGUUUUGUCUGUUGGUGAAUCGAUCGAACUACGUGGUCGAGAAGAUGCCCAAGUCUGUUGUUUUAGUAAGAGAUUGAUUUGAUCAUGACGAUGUAUUCAGGAAAAACCUGUCUGGUCCGAAAGAUUUCUGGUGUCAGAAUCAUAUAUAUACAUCCAUGUA